CUUUGCACUGCGUCGCCGUGUGUCAGCGAACGCAUCGUUUCUGGAGCUGCUCGGCGCCUAUCUGUUGUGAAACUAAUUUUGUUUUAUUUCUAGUGCAAAAUCAUGAGUGAUGCAGAACAAAGUGAAGAUGGGCAAGUGAUGAGCGGUGUCGAGCUAAGCCCUUCCGACGACGAGGAAACGACGGAUUCGCUAGACAUCAAGCCUCCGCAAGCAAGCAGCGCUUACUAUGGUAUGAGCAAGCGCAAGGAUAAGAAGGGCAAGGACCGGCGACACGCCAAGGAUCUGCAGCAGCAAACGCACGCCCGCCAUCACAUGAUGACGGAACCACGGGAAGGUGACCGCGACCGGGAGCGAGGUGAGCGACGUGGUGACAGAGGAGGCAACCGGAUGGAACGUGAACAAUACUACCGCGAACGGGACCAUCACGCACAGAGUGGCCGUGAACAGCAGCAACAGCAUCGCCACUCAGGUGGUGGUCAGGGUUCGUCCUCACGCACCGGAAGCAGUAGCGGAAGGGAUCGUGGUGGUAGCAGCCGGGAAGGAAGCAAUCGCGAAAAACAUCACUCGUCACGGUACGAAAUGAACCCAUUCUAUGGGGAAAUGCGUGAAACGUAUCACAGCAAGCGUGAACGUGAUCGAGACCGCGAGCGGGAACACCGUGGCGAAAGGACCGAGCGUGAGCGGGAGCGCGAACGCGAGUACAACGAAAAGCAGCGCCGGGUGGAGGAGAAAGCCACCGAUCCGGAGAAAAUUAUGGAAGAUUUACGUACCCGACUGUUGCACAAAAAGAACCGAAGGGAUUCUAAACGUGGCGAGGGACGCGAACGGGAACACCGGGAGGUGCAUCAGGAAGCCACCGAAAUGCACAAUACGGAAGAGGCGGAAUAUUAUGCGGAGAAGCGCGAACAUCGUCGGCGGGAACAGCGGGAUCCGCAUCGCAGGCACCGGGAAGAGGACGAAGGAGGGAUUGAGUUGAGAGAGCGAGAGCGUGAACGUGGAACGCGACACCAUAGUGGCGGUGAGCGUAGGCGCGCUACGGCAGAGGUAGUAGAAAUUCUCGAAAGUCCCGAGCAUCAUCACUAUCAGGGGCAUAGCCAUCAGCAGCAGACUCAAGCUUCGAAUGCUCCACGCACUGCGGAAGAGAAAGAACAGGACGAGCGACGUGCGAAGCUUUUAGAAGCGGACCGUGAAAUGCUGCGCAGAAAGGAACUAGCUCGGGAAGAGCUAGAAGCACGACGUUUGCGCAAGGAAGAGGAACGUGGCAGAGGGAGCGUAUCGGAAUCACACUCCGACCAGUCGGAUGACGAAGUGGAGGAAGAGGAAGAGGACGAGGACGACGAUGAUGGGGAGAUGGAAGAGGAGGAGGAGCGGUACGAGGACGAUGAUGUUGAGAUGGUACCGGAAGAUGAGCGUGAGGACGAACGACGGACGAGCGGUAAACGAGGUACGAAGCGAAGAGGUGAUCGAGGACGGGAGCGUACUCAGCGGCACCGAAACCGACGCGGUAAUUCUCAUUCUCCAACGAGCUCCUCUCACGGUUCAGUUGAUUCCGAGGGGGAUCGUGAGGAGGAUGAAGAACAUCCACCGGAAAGUCCGCUGUCGGUGGGCGAGCUUGCAAAAUCCGAUCAUCGCCGGUCGGAUUCCUAUCACACCCAUUCGGGAUCGGAUUCCGCCUCCCGGAGUCGGUCCCGAAGUCCUCGACGAAAUACUCGCCGACGGGAUAGUCGCAGCUCAAGAAGUACCCGUAGCCAUUCGAGAGAACAGGAUCCGAAGAAGCACACACCGUCCGGUGGCGAUGAUAACGGUAACGAUGACGAGGGAAAGCCUGCGGGUGAGGUAAAACCCUCGGCGGAUGUUCCGCCAGAGGUAGAAGUGAAGGACACACUUCCUCCCUACUUCCCUGGGAUUCAGGGUUGCCGAUCGGUGGAAGAAUUCCUUUGCCUCAAUCGCAUCGAGGAAGGCACCUACGGGGUAGUGUAUCGGGCGAAGGACAAACGCACCGAGGAGAUUGUCGCCCUGAAGCGCCUCAAGAUGGAGAAAGAGAAGGAAGGCUUCCCGAUAACGUCGUUGCGCGAAAUUAACACACUGCUCAAAGGACAGCACCCGAACAUAGUGACCGUGCGCGAGAUCGUGGUCGGCAGCAACAUGGACAAAAUCUUCAUCGUGAUGGAUUACGUCGAGCACGAUCUUAAAUCGCUGAUGGAAACGAUGAAGCACAAGAAGCAGGUGUUCCUGCCGGGUGAGGUCAAGUGUUUGACCCAGCAGUUGCUCCGUGCCGUCGCCCAUCUGCACGACAAUUGGAUACUGCAUCGCGAUCUGAAAACGUCCAACUUGCUGCUCUCCCACAAAGGAAUCCUGAAGGUGGGCGACUUUGGGCUUGCCCGCGAGUACGGAUCACCCCUCAAACCGUACACCUCGAUCGUCGUAACGCUGUGGUACCGUGCUCCGGAGCUUCUGCUUUGCUGCAAAGAAUAUUCCACCCCGAUCGAUAUCUGGUCCGUGGGUUGCAUCUUUGCCGAGUUUCUCUCAAUGGCAGCGCUCUUCCCGGGAAAAACGGAAAUCGACCAGCUAAACCGCAUCUUCAAGGACCUCGGCACACCGAACGAAAAGAUUUGGCCCGGCUACAACGAGCUGCCAGCGGUGCAGAAGAUGACCUUCACCGAGUAUCCGGUAUCGAACUUGAGGAAAAAAUUCUCCCACCUCACAAGCGAGCUGGGCAUUUCGCUUCUGCAAGGGCUGCUCACGUUCGAUCCGAAGCAGCGGCUGACGGCAGAGGUAGCGCUGCAGCACAACUACUUCAAGGAGCUGCCGUUGCCGAUCGAUCCGGCCAUGUUUCCUACCUGGCCGGCGAAGAGCGAGCUUGGGCUGAAGAAGGCACUCGCUUCCAGCCCGAAACCACCGAGCGGUGGUGGAGAGUUUAAGAAGCUGGGUGACGAUGCGGUGCCGGAUAAUGCAGGGUUCCAUCUCGGCGGUACAACGUACGCCGAAGCGCGGCAGCUUGCCAUGGGUCCCGGAUUUAGCUUAAAGUUCUGAGGGCACGAGUUGUCAUCCGGGUUUGGGUUGAAGUAGUAGUUGUAAAGACUACUGCUUCUCAUACCGAGCCCUGGUUGACUGUGAUUUAGUUCUCUGUUCCGAUGCUUUCCUCUGCUACAUGGUGCGUCGUAUUGUAGAUUUA